AUGUCUUUACCACGCACAAAAACAGCGUGGCUCUUCUUCGCAAUUACGAGCGGAGCAUGUGCAGCUUUCAAUGGUGUCUUUGCGAAGCUCACAACAACAGAGCUCACAAGCUCCUGGUCAAGCUCUCUUGCUGCAGCAUUUGGCCUCGGCCCCUCAAACAAAUUCUUCGAAUAUGCCCUCCGCGCCGUAUUUACCUCCGUCCACCCCCGCGAUCCUAUCUCUGACAAACAGCAGGCCUUCUUCGGCAUGAACCUCCUCUUCAACGCCAUAAUGUGGGGUCUCUUCACGCGCGCUCUCACCCUCGCUUCCUCCACUGUCCGCGUCUCCGUCAUCAACACAUCUGCAAACUUCAUGAUCACCGCGAUCCUAUCCGCUCUGGUCUUCUCCGAGAGCUUGCCGGGGCUGUGGUGGCUCGGCGCCGCAAUGCUUGUAGCCGGCAGCGUGAUUAUUGGUAUGAGGGAAGAGGGAGAGAAGAAAGAGAUAGUCACUGGGACAGGGGAAGCGCCGUUGCUGAACGCUGAGGGCGAGGUGGGUGCUGAGUUCAGGGACAACGAUGAUGAGGGACAGUCGAGACAUGAGCUUGAUAGUUUUAGGCGUAGGAGUAGUAGUAGCGAGCGCAGUGAUGAGGAUGGGACGCUAAGAUAG